CGGAAGGAGGCGGCCGGUGCCGCGCUAACGGUCGCUGAGGGAAGGGAAACGACGAUUGGUCGAGGCCCCGGAGGGCCGCGGCGCUGCCGGUCGCUGAUAGGCCGAGAGAGCAAAUCUGGUGGGGCGAGCGUGAUCCGCGCGCGCGGUUUCGAGCGCCUGUGGCGGCGGCGCUGUGCGGGGUUAUGGCGGCGGCGUGCGAGUUCCAGUUGCCCCUUGCCGCUGACGAUCUGCUGCGGGGCGACAGCUCGCGUCACUAUGUCGUGCAGGAGGUACUGUCAGUACGCGAGCUGCCGCCCGCCAUCGCAGCCUUCCGGGCUGCCUUCCGGGGCCAGGGUGCGUUGGCUGUGCUGCAGCAUUUCGACACCGUUUACAGCCUGCUGCGCCACUUUCGAGCCCUGGGUACCGCUGCCAAGGAAGAUGCCCUGGAGCUGAUGAUGCAAGUGGUGACCCAUCAUUCCAAUGAGCUUUCUACCAUCUUGAGUGAUUCUGGGCUGAGCCAUACAGAUCGAGAUGCUCACCUCAAUGCUCUUAAGAUGAACUGCUAUUUGCUGUCUGGCCUGUUGGAAGCCUUUGAAAUGGAAGCCUUCAAGAGUGGUUUGAUGGAAGUGGAUCCUGCUGGAAAGAACAAGAAGAGCCGCACCAAGGUCUCUGGAUUCUCAUGGGAAGAUGAGAGGGAACCGCUUUUAAGGCUGCUUACACAGUUGCUGCAGCUGGAUCUCCGUCAACUUUGGAGUGGUUUGAUGGUGGAAGAAGAGCUUGUCAGCUUACUGACAGGAUGCUGUUAUCGUAUACUGGAGAAUUCAAAUAUUGGUCUUCAGAGGUAUCGGGCCACACGAGAAGCAGCAACACAUCUGCUUGCUACAGCUUUGACUCACUACGAUCACAUGUUCAGUGCUACUCUGAAGAUCACACAGAUGCUGCAGCACUUUGAACAUGUAGCCCCAGUGUUUGUUCAGGCUGUGACUCUCUGGGCUAAAGAAUAUGGACUGAAAAGCAUAGUAGGUGAACUGCUGAGGGAAAUUGGACAGAAAUGUCCACAAGAGCUGGCUCGUGAUACUUCAGGAAUCAAGGGUUAUGCUGUCUUCAUAACUGAACUGGCUGAACAAAUUCCUGCACUGGUGCUAUCCAACAUGAGUGUUCUACUGCGUCACUUGGAUGGCGAGAGUUACAUGAUGCGAAAUGCCAUUUUGUCAGCUAUGGCAGAAGUGCUGCUACAGGUGCUGAAUGGUGACCAGCUGGAAGAAGCUGCUCGUGAUACUCGAGACCAUUUCCUAAACACACUGCAAGCCCACAUCUGUGAUGUCAAUGGAUUUGUUCGUAGUCGGGUGCUGCAACUUUUCACCCGAAUUGUUCAAGGCAAGGUCCUGCCUUUGACUCAGUUCCUGUCUGUCGUAUCCCUGGCUGUCGGGCGUCUCAAAGACAAAUCUGUGGUGGUAGUUAAAAAUGCCAUCCAGCUCCUGGCUGCAUUUAUGUCCAAUAAUCCCUAUUCUUGCAAGUUGAGCUGUAGUGACUUGGCUGAGCCGCUCAAGAAAGAGGUGCAGAAGCUGCAAGAAAUGAGGGACUGUUGCAGAGAAGCAGGUAAUUUCUUUCUCUUUCCCAUUCUCAGGGUGUAAUUUGUACUCUGUCCA